CACCUGAACGAGAGCAUCAUCCAUCUCUUCUCACGAUUUCUCUCUGCCGCCCCUCCGCUGGAGAGAAAGAGGCAGAUUAUGCCUGCUGAAUACAUGAUGAAGUCAGUCAUUAGGCUGAGCCUCACUCAGGGGCUGGCGGUGACUGUGGAUGUGUGUGCGCUGCUGCUCAAAGGCAGUCCAUCAUCCACACGCCUCCUUUACCCUCCUUAUCCCUCCGUGUCCUCGGUACAGGGGGAGCCGCGCUGCCGCAGCAGGAGAGAAUGCCAGGGAGAGAAGGAGGAAAACCUGCCAUCCCCUUUUCUCGCUGUCACUGCUCUGCCUGAGGAGGAGAGAGUAUAUCCAUUCCCACAUCCUCAUGGUUUCUGUCGCUGCGCGUUUUUUUUUCACGUUUGGGAUAAACGUGCGAGCCAGCAGUCCAGGAGCGCUCUCUCUCUGCACAACCUCCUAGAGAAGCGAAGAUGCUGAACAACCUGACCGACAGCGAGGAAGGCGAUGGGGGACCCAACAGCCUGGGCGAUGUCACCCCCAAGGAAAGCAGCCCUUUCAUUGGCACUGGUGACACUGAGAAGGCCCAGCAGUAUGACAGCAAGAACAUGGCCCUGUUUGAGGAGGAAAUGGACACAAGCCCCAUGGUUUCCUCCCUUCUCAGCAGCUUGGCCAACUACUCCAACCUUCCUCAGGGCAGCAAGGAGCAUGAGGAGGCCGAGAACAACGAGGAGGCUGUCAAGAAGCCCAUCAAGGCUCCCCAGAUGGGCACCUUGAUGGGUGUCUACCUCCCCUGCCUGCAGAACAUUUUUGGGGUAAUUCUGUUCCUGAGGAUGACCUGGGUAGUGGGCAUCGGAGGGGUGUUGGGUUCCUUCAUCAUCGUUUUUAUGUGCUGCUCUACAACGAUGCUGACUGCUAUUUCCAUGAGUGCUAUUGCCACCAACGGAGUUGUGCCAGCUGGUGGCUCCUACUACAUGAUCUCUCGUUCGCUGGGGCCUGAGUUUGGGGGGGCCGUUGGCAUUUGUUUUUACCUGGGUACCACAUUUGCUGGGGCCAUGUACAUCCUGGGCUGCAUUGAGAUCCUGUUGAUUUACAUUGUGCCUCAGGCGGCUAUUUUUCAAAUCGAGGGCCUCGAGGGGCCCGAGGCGGAGGCAGCUCUGCUUAACAACAUGCGCGUCUACGGCACCUGUGUCCUGAGCUUCAUGGCCCUGGUGGUUUUCGUCGGUGUCAAAUACGUUAACAAGCUGGCUCUCGUUUUCCUGGCCUGUGUGAUUCUCUCAAUCUUCGCUGUCUAUUCUGGAGUCAUCAAGACAGCUAUUGAUCCGCCAGAUUUCCCAAUCUGCCUUUUGGGGAACCGUGCUCUGAUUAGAAAGGGCUUCGAUGUGUGUGCUAAAUUUAUUGAGAAAGAGAACGGCACAGUCACAACCAGACUUUGGAGGAUCUUCUGCGACUCUGAGUUCCUCAAUGCUACCUGUGAUGAUUAUUUCACUAACAACAAUGUGACGGAGAUUCAGGGCAUUCCAGGGAUAACCAGCGGCAUCUUGGCAGAGAACCUAUUUGGUAACUACAUGGACAAAGGUAUGAUCCUAGAGAAGAAAGGCAUCCCAUCUCUGACAAUCCCAGACGCUCCUUUGACCAACACCAACCGCUAUGUCUUGUCUGAUAUUACCAGCUUCUUCACUCUGUUAGUUGGGAUCUACUUUCCAUCAGUCACAGGGAUCAUGGCUGGUUCCAACCGCUCAGGAGAUCUGCGAGAUGCUCAGAAGUCCAUCCCAAUUGGCACCAUCAUGGCCAUUGCCACCACGUCCACUGUCUAUAUGUCCUGUGUGGUACUGUUUGGUGCCUGCAUCGAAGGAGUGGUACUGAGGGAUAAAUUUGGUGAAGCAGUUAAUGGCAAUCUGGUGAUUGGAACACUGGCUUGGCCAUCGCCAUGGGUGAUUGUGAUUGGCUCCUUCUUCUCAACCUGUGGGGCAGGUUUACAGAGUUUGACUGGGGCUCCCCGCCUCCUACAGGCCAUUGCACGUGAUGGUAUUGUUCCCUUCCUCCGGGUCUUCGGUCACGGCAAAGCGAACGGAGAGCCCACCUGGGCCUUGCUCCUCACUGCCUGCAUCUGUGAAAUUGGGAUCAUCAUCGCCUCCCUAGAUGCAGUUGCACCUAUCCUGUCAAUGUUCUUUCUGAUGUGCUACAUGUUCGUUAACCUGGCCUGUGCCCUGCAAACUCUGCUCUGUACCCCAAACUGGAGGCCACGCUUCAAGUACUACCACUGGGCGCUGUCCUUCCUGGGUAUGAGCUUAUGUCUGUCACUCAUGUUCAUUUGCUCCUGGUACUACGCCAUUGUUGCCAUGGUGAUUGCUGGCUGCAUUUACAAAUACAUCGAGUUCCGUGGAGCAGAGAAAGAGUGGGGAGAUGGAAUCCGCGGGCUGUCCCUCAGCGCGGCUCGCUUCGCGCUCAUGAGGCUGGAGGAGGGCCCACCCCAUACCAAGAACUGGCGGCCUCAGCUGCUGGUUCUGGUCAAUGUGGAUGAGGAGCAGAACAUGGAGCAACCGCGGAUGCUAUCCCUGACCAGCCAGCUUAAGGCAGGCAAGGGCCUAACCAUUGUAGGCACUGCACUUGAGGGAACAUUCCUCAACAACUACCCCCAGGCACAGCGGGCAGAGCAGUCUUUGCGGAAGAUGAUGGAGAUGGAGAGGGUUAAGGGCUUCUGCAAGGCAGUCACCUCCUCCAACAUCCGUGAUGCCACAUCCCAGAUAAUCCAAGCAGUCGGACUGGGAGGCCUGCGACACAAUACUGUGCUGGUGAACUGGCCUCAGAACUGGAAACAGUCUGAGAACCACCAGCCCUGGAGAAACUUUAUUGAGCUGGUGAGGGAGACCACUGCAGCCCAUCUCGCUCUUCUGGUGCCAAAAAACAUCUGUGCUUUCCCGUCUAAUGGGGAACGCUUCACUGAGGGAUUCAUCGACGUCUGGUGGAUCGUCCAUGAUGGGGGCAUGCUCAUGUUGUUGCCCUUUCUCCUACGCCAGCACAAGGUCUGGAAAAAGUGCAAGAUGCGCAUUUUUACUGUGGCCCAAAUGGAUGACAACAGCAUUCAGAUGAGGAAUGAUCUCAUUACCUUCCUAUAUCAUCUCCGUAUUGAUGCUGCAGUGGAAGUGGUGGAGAUGCAAGACAGUGAUAUAUCAGCCUACACAUAUGAGAAGACUCUUGUGAUGGAACAGCGGUCGCAGAUCCUCAAAGAGAUGCAUCUGACGAAAACUGAACGUGAAAGAGAAAUCCAGAGCAUCACGGAUGUUUCUCGGGGAUCCAUCCGUCGUAAGAACCCUGCCGGUGUAGGUACCCAGCCAGGCGGGAAGGAGGAGAAGCCCAUGGCCAGCAAUGAAAAACCAGAAGAGGAGAUGCAUCUUAUUGACAACAAGAAUUCCACACUGACCCCAACCAGCCCAGUGUCCCCUGCUGAGGGCCCCAAAGCCUCAGGGGACAUGACAUGGACAGAGAAAUGUGAUGGACUCAAGGACCAACCACCAGCAAACGUCUCGGCGGGAAUCAAGGACAUCUUCAACAUGAAGCCAGAAUGGGAGAAUCUGAACCAGUUCAACGUGAGACGUAUGCACACUGCACUCAAACUGAAUGAAGUCAUUGUGAAUAAGUCCAAAGAAGCAAAGCUUGUUCUGCUUAAUAUGCCUGGUCCACCUAAGAACCGUACAGGUGAGGAGAAUUACAUGGAGUUCCUCGAGGUCCUGACUGAAGGCUUAAAUCGAGUCCUCCUUGUGCGUGGUGGUGGACGCGAGGUCAUCACCAUUUACUCCUGAGUCAUGUGACUCACCACUGCCCCUAGCUUUCGCAGAGAUGGGGCUUGAGUUCUAAUGGACACUAUCCAUACCAUAGCAAUAGUCCUCUUACCUCUACCCUCAUACGCCAAAUGACUUUGCACUAAAUAUCUACCCCUUAUACGCACCAUUACAUUAAGGAAAAACAUCUUGUCCGAAUUAAUUUUUGUUUUCAGCGUAUGUGAAGAUCUGGCUGUUAAACUGCUGUUUGGUGUCGCUCACUUAGUUUACUUACAUGCUCAUGUUUACCCAGCAUUUGUCUGUCUUACCACUGCAAUCUCGUCUAACACAAGUAAUGUUUCCUUCUUUAAGAAACUAUCUAGCUAUUCUUGGUUUUUACUAUUACUAUUGCUAAAGGCGAGAAUACAGAAGGAUAGCACCAGGCAGAGCUAUAGGGUUAUUAAAAGGCAAUGUGUUCUUGGCUGCACUGAAUUGAUUUUUGGGGUGAGAAUAGGUUUUGUUGGCUGAUCUGUGAAUACAGUGGCUACUAGUUAAUUGUGGGUAACAGCUGCAGUGGAGAUGCAGCUGGAGUGGAUGGUUUCACAACUAGAGAUAUUUGAAACAAGGUUUUGAAAAACUCUGCCUGAAGAAAGGCCUUUUGGCUGUCCAUAAUAAUCCAGCCUGUGAGUUCAGUGUGUAGCAUCUCUCCACAUCCUGUGGCGGUUUGUUCCUCCAAGUGCCAAACAGACCAGUGCAGACAUGGUGCCCAGCAAAGGGUGCUGUUGGUCUGAAUUCUUACUGUGCCCCUGCAGGAAUGAAAAGGUAGUUUGUUGUGGCAUUUUUGUGGGUUGCAUCCACACCCUUUGCCCCGCUGACUAUGCAGGGUGUUGGAUAAAUAAGGAGAUUUCAGAUAUCUUCCUGCAUGGUUAAUUUGUCCGAAUUCAAGUGUCACUGCAGGUUGGAGACUAGUAGGUAUUUAUACAAACCUGGGGUGGAGAGAAGGCACCGAAAUAUGGAAAGGAAGUUUUCAUUUAUAUGGUACAUGAUACAUUGUGGUGUCUCCGCUAAACAUUAGCAUAGAGUAUUCUUUGCUUUCGGUAUGUUAUUUUAGAUAAUGAACACACCCAUCCUAGAGAGUCAAUUGAAACACUUCAAGCUAGAUACCUGAGCAAAGUUUGAAUUUGAGGCCAAAGUGCAGUUUGCACUUGGCCACCUUUAUGCGCCAGUGCUUUUCCCACCAUGUGUCACACAAUGUUUUUGCGAUGCUUCACCCUAGACACUCGACACUGUAUAAUCACACGCUCUUUUGCAAUACUGACAAUGACAAUGAUGUACAAUAAUACUGCUUUCUAAAUUGUUAGAUAUACUUUAAUAUAUAUAUAACAUAUAUUAAUAAUGAAUGUAUCUUACAUUUACCCUAUUUUUCUUUUCUUUGAGUUUUCCUACUUCCUCAGCUACAGAACAAAUAUUCACCACCUGCCAAAUGCAGGUCCCCUGUGCCAUAUGAAAACAAAAUAUAUCUUUUAUAUAUAGCUGCAUUUUUUGAUAUGGGACAGACCAUUUCAAGUGGACAUGCAGCUCAAAAGGGCUUAGCGCUGAAACAUUAAGCAUUGUUGUUGUUUCAAACUAAACCCAAUUUCCCUGCAAUAUAUUGACAAAAUGAUCAAAAGUAUCAUUUAAAGAUUAUAUGUUUUUUCAACAGAACAGUAGCCAAUUCAAUAAGAAGUGCCCUACAGUCAAUUCCAAACAUAACCCAUUUAUAGCAGGAUGUAUGGAAUUAACCUAAAAUAUUUUCAUAUUCAUUUUCAUGCUGUAUUUGUGAAAGAAAUGUGCAAUAAGUGUGCUAUGGACUUGCUGUGUUAUUUAUUUUUAUAUACAAAUAUUUUAUAUACAGUACAUAGAUUUCAUAUCUAUAAGAGUAUUAUAAAGAUGUAUGUUACUGAAAAGUUACUGAAAGUUUUCUCUUGGAAAACAUUCUGUCAUUUUAGUUGCUUGUAGUAGAAGUAGCAGUAGGAAUGACCUAGAAGUAUGAAUUAAGAACACAAAUGAUUUAUCAAUACAUAUUUCAAUACAUAUUUCUGUGUAUCUAUACAAAUUUUGUGAAAAAGACAAAUUUGAAAUGCUGCUAUUUAUUAAUAUUAACUUUAUAAAAUAUAAACUGUACACAAAUAUCAGUAAAUACACAAACUAACCAGGAGAAUACACUGCUAAAACAAUGCAUAUCAAUGUCUAUGACCAUAGGGAAUUGUCACUUUCAGGGUUCUUACAGGCCAGGGUAAUGCUAGUCUAUGGUUUGCUGUUGGUUGGCUUUUGUUAUUGAAGCAGAUCUUGUCUUUAUAAAGAGGUUUAGCAUUUAUUUAAAUUGUUUUGGAGCAGUGAAGUUUCCUGCCUGGUUGUAACAACAGAAUAAAUGGAGUUUUGCCAAGUUCAAGAGAUUUUAUGAGACUUAUCUGCAUUUCAAAUAUUUUUGGGAACUUAGUGAUAAACAACAUUCAAGGACAAAUACUGUAAUCGCAGAUAUUAAUUUUAAAAUAGCCUUUUUGAAUCUUUAAAUUGCUUUCUAAUAUGUAUUGAAUAUGCUGCAUUCUAUUAUGCUAUUAUAUCUGCAUGCUGUCAUGUGUCCUCCGUGUGUCUACAUGUGCUGAUGUGUUGCAUGCAUUUGUACAUGUACUUUUAUGAUAAAUAUAUCGACUGGCACUCACACAUUUUCAUGAGCAUGUUUCUACAUAUGUUCACGUUUUGCUGCACGUGCAUCAAGAUGCAUUCAUGUCUUGUAUUGCACUCAAGCACUUAAGUAUAUGCAAUCUCUGCUUUGGCAGUCAACAGGGUAAAUUAUCAUUAAUAUAAUCAGUCGAUUGGCCAGAGCACACUUAGUUCAUAUUGUUCACCUUUCAACAAAAAAAGUUUGUGUUGUGUUUCUUGGGAAUCUGAUGCAUGCUGGGAGAGUUUUUACUGCAUUAUGUGUGAUUAUAUGAGCGAACCACAUUUUAGUUUAUCGUGAUUUUGGCUUACAGUCCGGGCCGGCUCAACCUUUUCAGAGGCCCUAGUCAAAGAUUUAUGUGGGAGCCCCCCCCCCCCCGCCCCCAACAAAAAAAAAAUUAUCAUAAUUUCACAGAGCAGGUAAAUCGAGGACCUAGGCACCUGCCUGAUAUGCCUAUGGCUAGAGCCGGCCCUUAUUACAGUGUAAACAUUGCAGAAAUGCAUCACAUCUACGCAGCCUGUAAAUGGAGCUUUGCUGGGUGCUGUCCUCUUCUCCCAAGCUUCAGACAACCUUGAAACAUGCUUGUUUAUAACAAAGACGUAUUGUGAUUAAUAUUAUUUUACUUUUCAUAAAUCUUAGGACGGGUGUAAUUCACUGGUUUUUUAUGAUUGUUCGGAAUUCAACUUGCUGUGACAAUCAUUUGCACAGAGCAUCCUCUAGAUCCCUGAUAGCUAGAUACCGUUGAUGAUUUUACAACUGGAUGCCAUGGAAAGAGAAGCAACAAUUUCAUAUGAGGAAUUGUAGCCCACACACAGCAAAAUCAAUUAAGCAAGUCGGAAAUCUGAUCCAAACCUGUAGGCCAAACACAGACAAAACAGGGCAUAUUACCAAGUCAUUAACAGCACUGUUCCAUCAACUGUGGCAUACGUGGUUUGUUAUUGAACUGCUAUGACAAAGUCAGAAACAUGUAUCUUUGACACACUGCUCAUAUUGAUUUUACACAUUGGACUCUCAACAGAUUGUAUCUACCAUUGCAUUUUAAACAAAAUGCUAUCUCAUGAUGAAGUGCAUAGUAAAAUGCUUUGGUCAAUGGUAAAUACUGCUCUGCCAAUUAUAAUUUUAAUAACAACUGACUGAAUUUGACCAUGGAGUCUGUUUAAAGCAUACAUAAACUUCUUAUGGAAUUAUUAUGGACAUUAUGACAUUUAAGUUUUUUUUUUUUUAAAUGAGCGGCCACCCAUCAGACCCUGACUAUGGAGAAAUACAGAUAAACAUGUAAAUAUACAGUAUUACUAGUCACUGAACUUUUUGUAUGCAAGUCGGAAGCAGGUAAGCAUACUGAUGAAAGGUGAGGCAUGCUUGUGAAUCACUGUGAACCAGUUUGUCAGGCAGAACCAUUUUCUUUACUGGUGCAGUGUUCUGUUAUAGCAUUUGUGUUGAGAUGCCUAGUAGAUCACUGGGUAAUUUUAUAGAACUUGUUUGACUUGGAAACUCAAAAAUGAGUAUGUUUUAUAUACAAAAGUUAAAAUAGGGUCCAUCCAUCCUUCCUUUUUCUAUAGCUGUUUGUUCUAUGCAGGGUCAAUGGUCUAGAACCUAUUCUGGAAGUUACAGGCAAAAGACAUUGUACAAGAUUUGACGUUUUUAAAUAGCAGUGUAAUUAUGUCUUUAUGCAUCUACAUAUUCAGUGUAUUAGUAGGUUGACAGAAAGAACCGUACAGAAUUGUUGGAUCAUCUGUAUAUAUUGAAUCUCCAAAUGCUACAGGAAACCCCUAGUUAUUUGUGGGAUUUGGCAUACCUUUCAGCGUACAAUACAUCAUGCUCAUGAAUUGGAACAACAGUCAACAUGUCUCAAGCAAAGCAUGUCUUACCUACAUUGCCCUGCUUGUACAGCCAAUCCAUCACAGACAACAAAGCCAUCACUAUGUUACCCUAGCAUGUCUCUCAGUGUGGUUUCUUUUUUAGUUCUUGCACGGCCCUGUUGUGAUCUGAUUGACUACUGGGUUGCAGUUCUAGCAUGUGUGUGUUCUCUUAUGUACUAUGCUUGUAUUUAUAGCAUGACCCUGCUGUGAUUUGUUAGCUGCUGUGAUUGAACAUGGCAUUGGUGUGAUUUCUACGCUAAUAUGGUGGCGUUUAUAGUGUUGCCCUGGUGUGGUUUGUUGGCUGCUAUGGUUGCAUUUACAGUAUGGCACUGGUGUGAUUUGUUUGCCCUUACUGCAGUCCCAGGAUGCUCCAGUUAUUCAUUGUUUUCCUGCACCCUUGUAAGUAGCAGUUAUAUUAAACUAAUAGUUUAAUGUAAUGAAUUUCAUUUGAUUUGUUCUUGUAUUUUUCAAUGAUAUGUAAUACUUACGAUUACUGUAGCCACAGGUUAACGGGUGAUUCAUGGGGUAAAAAUUAUGCAGAGAAAGAACUUUUAAGCAUUAUGUGAAUUUAUUGCUGAGCAUGAACUACAGAUUUAAUCCAGCCACCUGCAAAUAAAACUGUGUUUUUACCAAAGAGAAACCGUGGUAAAAAAAAAAAAAUGGUCGAUAUAUUUUAUUUUGGCAAAGUCGAAUAUGUAGCACAAGUCUCAGGAGGAGGGUUAGAAAUGGUAACAUUUAAAGGGGUUAAAGCGAUGUAUCGAUAUAUUUCCAUCUUAUAAAUCAUCAAUUUCCUAAACCACACAUCUAUAAGAGAAUGGAAGCAGGUUAAAAUGUCAAUAUUGUAAAUGGUGUAAUUUUUUGUGUUUCACCUUAUUUUAAAGAAGUAUUUGAAUCAUCCCUUUUAUUUGUGAUAAACGAAAUAUAAACAAAUCAGUUUCUCUGUUGACUGAGGUACACACAUGAGCCUACCAAACCAAACAGACUUACGUACAUCAGCAGACAACAGCAAACUCCUUGAUGGGUCAAAUGAAUAAGGGAGUCUUGUUUUUUAACAAAAUUAAAAUUUUUGGCUUGGAUUCCAGUACGUAAGACAUUGUAUCAUUUAGGACAACUGAAUCAGAUGAUCUGAAUUAUACUGAUAUGUCAACCUAGGGCCCAUUACCAACAUGGUUGUUACAGCUUUGUAUCAAGUUUGGCAGCAAACUUUUCUAGAGAAUUCUUGUCAUUAUUGUGUUACAUCAUAAAAGCUAAUGAUAAUACUCCUAAAAAAUUAUAAUUCGUUUAAAGUUAAGGAAAAAUUUUUUACACUUUCGUGACAUUGUUUCAAAGACUUAAAUGGUUUUAAAUUACUUGGCUUUAGAUAUUUCACUUAGAACAUAAAUUACUCAUAUUCAAAUGUAUUAAAAAGAAAUUAUUUAAAAGAAUAGCUGUACAAGCUUUAGACAUAAUUACACAAAUGCAUUGCUUCUUUAUCCUCCCAUUCCAUCGCACAGUGCAUUUCUGUUUUGUGUUUUUCUUUUGUGCAUUCCAAUUACCUCUUAAUGUCACUAGUCAUUAUAAAAAAUAUUCAUGUACAGUAUUCAUGUGUAUGCAGCUAAAAGGAAUUUUUCAUGUACAUCAGAACAUGAAGACCCAGUUGUUGAGUGAACUUAAAUGGCUCACCAAUAUACAUAUGCGGAAAUAUAAUUAUGUAGUUAGUUUUCAGCCUUUCUGAAUAUCCAUCUAUAUAUAUACAAAUAGCUUCUCUUUCAUUUACAUGGGCGGAUCUUGCUUCUGCAUACCAUUUCUGAUCAUUAAGAUUACUUAAUAUUUGCAUGUAGUCAUGUGUCUGUUAUCAUACAAGGAAGCUUAUUUUAUUGCACAAUGUUUAUCAUUUGCGAGUAUCAGCUAUUAGAUUACUAAUGCUAAUUGCUCAUUUACACACACGUUAGUAGACUUUUGGUUCUUGUCAAUUCAAAACAAAAGUGCUUAAACAAACAUAAACAUAGACAUAUAUGUAAAUAAUUAUAAAUACACAAAUAUAAAAUUAUAGUAAUAUAAUAUAAUAUUUACUUUUAAUGUACUCUAAAAAGUAUAGUUUCAUAGGACAUUUUGUAGAAUAGAUGUAGAAAUAUAAUUAUAAUCAUACAUGUGAGUGAAUAUUAUACAUGUGAGUGAUUUAUGUUGAUAGUAUUAUGCUCUUAAGUUCAGUCUUGUUUUCAGGUAGAUAGAGUAUGUUCUGGUGUUUCAGAUUAGGUACACAUGCAAUGAUGUGUGUGUGUGUGUGUGUGUGUGUGUGUGUGUGUGUGUGUGUGUGUGAGUGUCCAUACACAAGGGGAAUAAAACAGGUGCAGGGGAAGGAAUGGAAUUAUUAAUAUAUGAAUACAUUUCAAACUGAAUUGUUUUGUGUCGGUGAUGUCCAGUAUGUUAAAAAUAUAAUCGUGUAUUCUUCUGUGUUUCAUGAUAAUAUACUAUCAACAGGAAAAGUCAAAUGGUUUGUCUUUAUAUGAGAUGCUUAUGCAGUACAUCAAUAUCUUAUGGCUAAUCCCUAUUGUUUUAAUGGUUUGUCUUCAC